AUGCCAAUACCGUCGUUGAUAGCUAACCAUGCUAUAUUAUCAGUCCUCAGUGCCCUAUCACUUCUCUUUCUAGGCGUGGUAAUGGUUCCUUCGACUGGUCUUGUUGCAUGGUCUCCACCGGCUCCAUCAUGGGAGCACAGCACCCACUCAAACGUUUUUAGAGCAGAAGACGUACGGAAAAUAGAGACUGAAAGAAUCACGGCUGCAGCUGCAUGGCAGCAAUGGAUUGCCGAUGGGUUCUCCACGAUUGACCCCAACGCUUCCAGCGAAUGCAAUAAUACCACGGACCUCGUGGUGUUUGGUGUUCCUGUUGCUACAGACGACACUACCUUUAUGUUGUUUUGGCUGGGGUUGGGAACAUACCACCUCGCCACGGCACUUUGGUGUAUCAAUUUCAGUUAUUGCUGGCACAUUUUCUGGACCCUGCUGGCCAUCGUUGCUCUGCUCCUAUCCUGGAUCUGGUGGUUGUUUUGGAAAUGGAGAACAUCACAGCUGAAUCUUGAGACUAGUCAAAGAGACGAGAGGAGACUCAGACACCGUCGAGAUGUCCUUCGGGAAGAACUGCAGGAGACGAGAGAAGACCUCGAAAGAUGCAAGGAGUUUGGGAAGCAUCAGGAGAAACUCUUGAGUGAUGCGAAAAAAGAGUUGGAAGAUUGCGAGAAGCAUGGUAAAGAUCUCCAAGAAGAAUUGCACCAGCUACGCGAAUCAAAUGUGAAUCUUGUGUACACUAAUGAUGAGCCACAAACGGGACUUAGAACUUUUCGACGGCUAUAUCCAAAAACAGGGUCGAAGGAGCUUCGCAUACAAGUAACAGACUUCCGGAGAAAGUGGAUGUCAGCAGAAGAGAAAGUGGAAUCUUUGACCAGAAAGAAUCAACCCCUCACGACAACCAAUACUACUUUGGUGCAAAGCAAUGACGUGCUGCAGAGACAGAAAGUCCGCGAGCAGAUCGAUCCUGAUAGAGAGCCGUCAGAACAUGAUGACGCGGCACGAAGUGUGCAGGAGCAGGUCCGCCGUCUAGCAGCAACAGAGCAACAGCUUCGUGAAGCCCAACUUGCUCGGGACCACAACGUACGCCUAACUGAACAAGAGCGGGCAAAGGUCAAGAAAUUGGAAGAAGACCUUGCAGACUGUCGAGGGCAGCUGUCUGGCCAGGAUGGCAAUAAGCAAGCAAAAGUAGUGGAGGAGCAAGAUGUUCUGAGGAAGGAGCGAGCAUCACUGGAACUCCAGCUUGCGAACGAAGGACGAGAUUGCAAUGCUGAGGAGAUGAUUUUGCGUGGAAAAGUGCAAAGUCUAGAGAAGGCGCUUGCGCAAGAACGUGAUCACAUCGAAGAGGAACGCAAAGAGUUCAUCGAUCGUAUACGAGGAAUCAAAAACGAGCUUGACCUCAACACUCAGCGACAAACGAUCCAGACGCUCAAAGAUGUGAUCAGCCGACACAAACACGAACUUGAGCAGCGCACAGAGCUUAUUGAAGCAGAACAGCAACUACGUGUCCAGCCGGAAGAUGAUCUCACAAGUCUGAAGAAAUUCACACAGCAAGCUGAACCAUCGCAAGAUGCCUCUACACCAGAAAUACAGCGACAGCUUGACGAGGAGCGAAUCAAGAUCGAAGAUACUCGCCGGGACCUCACAGCAUGUUCGGAGGACAAGUCCAAACUUGAGAAACGAAUCGUAAAGCUUGAAAGGGAGGUCAAGCACGAAAAUGAUCGCGCCUCGAAGGUCUUUCUGAACCCGAAAACCGAGGACAGUUACUUGCGACAAGUUUCCGACCUCGAGGGUGAGUUGGAUAGGAAGAAGACAGCAGUGCAAAAAUGCGAGGAUCAACUGGAAUCGCGCGACAAGCAGAUUGACGUGUCGAGGUCAGCGAUGGAAGAGUUGAAAGUUGGGGAUACAGCAGCUGCCAUUCUAGGAGACAGAUCUUACCCAGAAUCGCAACAUCCGCUCAGCACUUCAAAAGCUGGAAUUGACGACGACGACGGAUUGCAGCAGUGCCCGCACAAAGAUUGUGACAUACGCGGAAACGAGCCUUUUCUCCACCAUCAUUACGAUAUCGUUCACGGGACUCCUAAAGUUGCGACGUCUCCUAUGACUGAUGAAGGCGCUGGGCAGAAUUUAGCGGACGAAAAUCUUGUGAACGAUCUGAGGGCUAGCAGAGCGAGAGAGGCCCAUAUGCAAGAGAGGCUCGACCUCACAAACUGGCAGCGUGAGAAGGAGACAGGAGGGUGGAGAGACUCUCUGAUGAGGGAAGAUGAGCUGCUGAAAGCUGAGAAACAUGCACAUGCAGAGACUUGUGAUGAAAGGGAUGCACUGAACAAAGACAAUGACAAGCUUCGGAGAGACAAUGAUAGAUUGAAGCUUCGAAGGCAAGAGUAUAAGCAGGAUCUUGAGACCUGUAAGAAGCAUGGGGCAGACCUAGAGAAGCAAAUUGUCGAACUCCAACACAGGCUCGGCAUUACCCAGAACGCCUUGGUCGGGUCUACUGGGGAGCGAUACGCUGCAGAGCGCCAGCUGCAAGACAGCAAGAACGAACUCGAGCACGAGAAAGCUCAAAGCAAAAAGACAUGCGAAAACCUCCAGAAGCAGUUGGAGAUAUUCAAACAUCAGCCUGGCGACCAGACUUGCGAGAAGCGAUGCUUGAAAUUGCAGAAACAGCUUGGGAAAUUGCAAGCUACUUACGACACGCUUCAGCAGGAAAGGAAUCGCCUUGAGUUCUUCCUCAAGAAAGCAGAAAGGACAGUGCAAGAGGGCUUCGACCGCGAGAAAACUCGGGUUGAAGAGUACAAAUUGCACCAAAUUGAACAGAACGUGCUCAAAAAGGACCGUGAUGAUCUCGACGCAGAGGUUACAAAGCUGCGGACUCGUGUCGAGGAGCUUGAACAUGAAAUUGCAAUGAGCCGCAGUGACAUGCCGAUCCACGGAGAGUCGUUGGGAGUGGUUAAGCAUCAAAUCGCCAGGGAGGAGAUUUUGUCUCGUCAGAUUGAGGAAUCGGAAAGGCAGCUUGGGGAAGCAGAACAGCAGAUUGUCCUACUGAAGGAUGCACUUGAUCGAGCCAAGGCAGAUAAAGAGAAAGGAGAAAGUUCGGAAUGGGAGGAUGAGAGUUCUGAUACUGAAGAUAACGAUGACGACGACAGCGACGGCGACGAUGAAGGAGGAGAACCUAUCCCUGACCUUCCUCCAAGCCAAUCACUCUUCUCCCGCAUCACUCCUGCUGAUAAGUCUGGUAGAGGUCAUUCGCAUGACGAAGGCACGGAAGUGAACCAUACCGAGCAGCAGAACCAAGGCUCUAAUAAUGCUCAGAACGAUAAGGACACGGAGCAAGUCGCCACCCCACUUGGUAGUGUAUGCUCCUACGAUUCAGAGUGGGUGCCUCGUGGGACACCAAUCCCUCGAGGGACACCGCGUGGAACAACCUACAGGCAACCUCGUGUCACGUCGCCUCGGACCAGAGAUGAGCACGGUCAACCUUUACCAGUUAUGGAAAGAGUGCAGAACAGAAAUGAGGAUCUGUUCGGUGGGCUGGAAGGCCUACGGCGGGUAGAGAGGGAGCUAUCGCCUCUAGAAAAGCGGUUAGAAGUCGCGACAGUUGCUACUCCGUCAACAUCUUAUACCUUUGACACAGGUGAAUACACGGAGAAAGAUGCUGACAGUGCGUGGGUCUAUGGCUUCUACGAGCGAGGUAACAUCAAAACCUGGCUCGAAGAGCGUAUGAAGAGAGGCAAAAAAGGGGCACCUAACCCGAACGGUUUGUAUUACUCGUUACAGGGAGAGGCAGAUCACCUCGUAGGAAUGGAUAUCCUUCGGGAUAAUUUUACGCCACUGACACGGGAGACCGCUCGGAUACUGCAGAAUCAAGAUCGGUGUUUGUUCUGUCGCACAUUAGUGCACAACUACAAAAAAUGCCCUGUGGAGAAGUCUCUGAAUUAUCAGCGUUACUGCACGAUAUGUAGACACGCAGGACACAUGGCGGAUAAUUGCAAGCAUAACUUCUCGAAAAAAGAAGAAGAACGUGAUGCGAAUAAAUCACUAGCAGCGUCUGAGUCAGCUGCUAACACACCUGUUCAAUUCGACACAUUCGAUCGGUUCGACACACUUACUGGAAGUGAUACAGCAGUGCCACCACAAGUACAGGAGGAUGUGUUUUCACAGCCAACGAACGCUCAAUCGUCACCCCAACCACCUGUUGAACCAUUGCCUCGAGCACUUGUUAUUAAUUCUCCACCACCGAUUGAGAAUCCUACUCAAAUUCUGGUUAAUCUUCCUUCUCAAACCCCUGGUCAUCAAUCAUCGCCUCAACCACCCAUCGGCUCAAUACCAGAAGAGAUGGCGCCGUCCUCAGAGUCAGAAACUCCUGUAUCACAAUCACCGUCACCAGAGACAAAGCCCAUCGUUGAUAAUAAUUACCAAGGAACCAGCACAAAGCCAUGUAAAUCCAGUUGUGGAAUGCAAGAAUCAAGAUGGUCAACUCCGUCAAAAGCACCGAUUGGUCCUCGCAAGAACCGACCAUCGCCGCUCACGCUCAAUCCUCAACCUAGCAGCAAGAAACAGCCAGGAAAGUUUGCGCCCUGGUUGCAAGAGCUUGUCGAUGCAGGAGAAUUCAACAAACCACAAGAGCUUCCCAAUCCCAACCAUGAGAAGGACUUUCAGGUGAUGUUCGAAAAACAGCGGGAGGUGCAAGAAGAGCACAAGCAGGCAGAUCGAGCGGGACAGCAGCAACGAAAGCAGAGCGAAGUCCUGACAAAUGAUGGUCCGUCCAGCAAUGCUUUAACCAGCAACGAAGUCCAUUUCACCAAGCCGGACGCAAAUCUCUCCAGCCUCAACAAUGAAUCAUCAAAUACCGGACUUGGAAUAUCGUUUGAUGAGUCGAAACUUGAGUCUGUCAAGCCGGAAGCAAAGCCAAAGUUACAGCUGAUGGCGUCAAGCUGGGCUGACGAAGUGAACGAUGAAGCGGAGAAUGAAACCGAAGUGCAACCGAAGUCGGUACAAGAGCCGCUAGAGAACGUUCCGGCCACCCAAGAAACAGUGAAGAAAGUGCAGGAAGAAGACGUGAAGCAGGCGAAGGAGAGAAAGGAGAGGAAGUAUAGGGAGCGGCAGGAGAAGAUCUGGGAGGAGAACGAGAGAAAGCAGAAGGAGAAGAGCAAGCAGGGACAAAAGGGUCAUGGUGCCAAAGCCAAGGAAGAAGUGAAGAAAGAUGGUGGCAAUGCAAAUAGAGGCGGACAUGGAGACAGUAAUAGGGGAGGCAGAGGAGGUGGAGGAGGUAGAGGGGGUAGAGGUAGGCGUGGAGGUCCACAGAUUCCUUCUUGGUUGAUGGAGAGCACUCAGAAGAAGGCUUAA